AUAACCAAUAUUUGGAGUUGUUCACCAUCUUCCACAAACCCUUUCUCAAUGCCUCUUCUCUUCUUCUCACGUCGUUUUCUCAUCUUCUCCACCAUCAUCCCCUUCAUAGCAUCCAUCACUCUCUACCGUCUCGACACCUUCGACCCAUCUCAUCUUCCCGCCGAUGCACUUGUCUACUCUACUACUUCCAUCCCUCCGCUUGUCAACGACCAACUUCUCACCGGCGCUGAGUUUAUUGGCGUCGGUCUUCUCAACAAGCCCGAGGAUAUCGCCUACGACCGAGACUCAGGUCUUAUCUAUACUGGCUGUUUAGAUGGAUGGGUGAAACGUGUCAAGGCUCUAGAGUCAUGUAAUGACUCUGUCGUAGAGGACUGGGUCAAUACUGGCGGUAGACCACUUGGCCUCGCUUUUGGAUUACAUGGAGAAGUCAUUGUCGCAGACGCCUACAAGGGGCUGUUGAACAUAAGCGAUGACGGUAGGAAGACGGAGUUGUUGACGGAUGAAGCAGAAGGAGUGAGAUUUAAGCUCACCGAUGCAGUCGCCGUUGGAGAUAACGGCGUUUUGUAUUUCACGGAUGCUUCUUACAAGUACGAUUACAGUCAAGCAAGCUUUGACUUUCUGGAAGGCAAACCGCAUGGUCGACUCAUGAGCUUUAACCCGACAACAAGAACAACUCGGGUCCUUUUAAAAGACCUAUACUUCGCUAAUGGCAUCUCUAUGUCUCCCGACCAAACCCAUCUGAUCUUCUGCGAAACUCCAGUAAGAAGAUGCAGCAAGUAUUACAUCAAUGAAGAGCGAGUGGAGGUAUUUAUUCAAAGCUUACCGGGUUAUCCAGAUAACAUUCGGUACGAUGGAGAUGGACAUUACUGGAUCGCAAUACCUAAGGGAGUAACAACGUUGUGGAAGCUGUCGAUGAGGUAUCCACUCUUGAGAAAAGUCACAGCCAUGGUGGCUAAGUGGGGCUUCAAUCUUAUGUUCGCGGAGGAUGCUGGCGUUUUACAGGUGGAUUUGGAUGGAAACCCCAUCGCCUUUUACCAUGAUCAUAAAAUUAGUCACUUAACCACCGGAGUCAAGAUUGGGAAAUAUCUAUAUUGCGGAAGUCUCUUGCAUUCACGCAUACUCAGACUUGAUCUCCUGAAGUAUCCUGCCCAAAAAAGUCUUUAAAACAUCAAGUUUAUGGAAAAUAAACAAGUUUGUAUACAUCAUCUUAGCUGUCACAUUUUUAAAACCCACUUUGUCAUGAUAAUAAUGAAAUUAUUGAGAUAAUACUUUUUUUUGAACACUUA